AUGGACGUGGUGCGCUAUGAGGUGGGCACCAACAUCGAUCCCAAGAUCGAAGGCGUUCUCACCUUGGCGAGAAAGCGCACCAGUCCCUUCCACACCAGCUCCGUCGUCGAGGCACGCAAGGCAAGCCCCGCCCUGCCUCCACUCGUGCCCGAUGACGUGCAGGAGGUGCCGAUCGAGGAAGCCAACUGGGAGGAGAGUACCAACAUGCUUCCUCUUGAACCAGUCAUCAAGGUGUACAGCCACGUGACCAGCCCCAACUACGUCAUGCCUUGGCAGAUGAAGGCUACCUCGGAGAAGGUGGGCUCGGCGUUUGCCCUGUCCGGUCGUCGGAUCCUCACCAACGCGCAUGUGGUGGCCGACCACACCUACAUCGCAGUGAAGAAGUUCAGCGGCACGCAGAAAUAUCCCGCCAAAGUCCUCUCGGUUGCUCACGACUGUGAUCUGGCUCUCCUCACGGUCACUGAAGACGACUUCUGGACUGACAUCACACCUCUUGAGCUGGGCGAUGUUCCGCAUCUGCAAGACACAGUCGCGGUGGUGGGCUACCCCACCGGCGGCGACACCAUCUCCGUCACGCGCGGGGUCGUGUCUCGGAUCGAGCCGCAGCGGUAUGCCCACGCUUCGGGACACCUACUCGCCGUCCAGAUCGACGCAGCAAUCAACCCGGGCAACAGCGGAGGUCCCGUGCUGAAAGAUGACAAGGUCGUUGGCGUGGCUUUCCAAAGCCUCGUGAACGCCGAGAACAUGGGCUUCAUCAUCCCCGUGCCUAUUAUCAAGCACUUCCUCAAGGACAUCGAACUGCACGGCAAGUACACGGGAUUCGGCGCGCUGGGCAUCCAGUGUCAGCCAAUGGACAACCCGCAGCUGCGCCACUUCCACAAGAUGGCGCGCGACAUCACGGGCGUGCUGGUGAAUCACGUGGAGGCGGUGUCCAAGGCGAAGGGCGUCCUGCAGAAGGACGACGUCCUCCUCUCCAUCGACGGCAACCGCAUCGCCAACGACGGCACCGUGGCCUUCCGAAAACGCGAGCGGAUUUUCUUCGACUACGUGACGUCGAUGAAGCAGGUCGGCGAGUACUGCCGACUUGAGAUCCUGCGCAAUGGCGAGAAACAGGAGGUCAGCGUGCAGCUCAGCCCCGUCCAGCCCCUGGUGCCCAUCCACAGAUUCGAUCAGCGGCCAAGCUUCUUCAUCCACGGCGGUCUGGUCUUCACGCCGCUUACGCAGCCCUACCUGCAAGAGGGCUCUCACUUCUAUUUUCAGUACGGCGAAGACUGGUACAACAGCUCCCCGCGAAAGCUGUGCAUGAAGGCGCUCACCGAAUACAUGGAGGAGCCCGACCAAGAGGUGGUGAUCCUCUCCGCGGUUCUGGUGCACGAGAUCAACUACGGCUAUCAGCAGAUGACGAACCUGCAACUUCUGCGAUUCAACGACCAGAAGAUCAAAAACCUCAAGCAACUUGCGAAGCUGGUCGCGGCCAACAAGCAGCCCUAUCUGCGCUUCGAUUUUGAUGAACAUGUGCGUGCAACUUGUAACACUCCAGCCCUGCGCCACGUCACUGGCAGGGUGAUCAUUCUCGAGGCCGACGCGGCGAAGCAGGCCGAAGAGGCGAUCCUUACUCGUCAUCGCAUCCCCUCGCCGCACUCACCGGACCUGUUCGACAAGAAGGAGGAGACGGAUGUAGUCUGA